AUGCUUAACAGUGUGUUGGAAGACACUUAUCAACAGGCUCCUGUGCCUCCAACUGUAGACCAUGCAAAUAUAUCGCGGAAGUUGACAUUUAUAUCCCAUCAGAUGGCCCUGCUUAUGAAAUCAUUGAACAUACCAUUCUGUAGAUGUAAACCGUGCAUAGAACAUUUGGAAUUUGAAGCCGGAAACGUUUCGAAUAUUACGCUGGGCCCAGAAGUAGAUGAUUUGACAAAUCUCAACUGUAGCACAUCGAUGGACUUGCAGGCAUUAAAUGGUGUCGAUGGGAAUGAAAGCGUUCAGGCUUUACUUGCAAACGCGACGUGCAAUCAGAUGGGCAGUGAUGAUCAAGAAAAUUUAGAGGGGUUAGAUCGGCGUCAUAAGUAUUACACGACGAGAAAAGAGCGCUAUGAGAUAGCUAAAUGUGGCAGAAUCUACGGAGUGCAAGUCGCGGCAAAAAGAUACAAUAUACCUCCAUACGCAGUUCGAUACUAUGUAAACACCAUGGCGCGGUCCCUAAAACGUAACAUUCUUGUUAUUGAUUUCAUUGAUCCAUACUGUUUUACCCAAUAUACUGCAUGCGUGGAAAGUUUUGUCACACGAUAG